GCCCGCGGCGCGGCAGCAACACUGCACGCAGGUGCGCAGCCGGCGGCUCAUGAAGGAGCUGCAGGACAUCGCGCGCCUGAGCGACCGCUUCAUCUCGGUGGAGCUGGUGGACGAGAGCCUCUUCGACUGGAACGUGAAGCUGCACCAGGUGGACAAGGACUCGGUGCUGUGGCAGGACAUGAAGGAGACCAACACCGAGUUCAUCCUGCUCAACCUCACCUUCCCCGACAACUUCCCCUUCUCGCCGCCCUUCAUGCGUGUGCUCAGCCCGCGCCUGGAGAACGGCUACGUGCUGGACGGCGGCGCCAUCUGCAUGGAGCUGCUCACGCCGCGCGGCUGGUCCAGCGCCUACACCGUAGAGGCCGUCAUGCGCCAGUUCGCCGCCAGCCUGGUCAAGGGCCAGGGGCGGAUCUGCAGAAAAGCUGGCAAAUCAAAAAAGUCCUUCAGUCGCAAGGAAGCGGAAGCUACCUUUAAGAGUUUGGUGAAGACUCACGAAAAGUACGGCUGGGUCACCCCGCCCGUCUCGGACGGCUGAAGUCUACCGCGCCGGAUUCUGCAGCCGCCCGUCCGCACACUUCGCCCCGACAUCGCCCCACCGCCGCUGCAUAUCCUCCAUCCUUUUCUACUCCAGCCAGAACCGCACCGCGAACACCAAGGAGACAUUUAAGUUAUUUAUGGACGGAUGAGUCUACAGAAGGAGCCGACGCUGCCGGGACGCUGUUUCCACGACUGGAACGGACACAUCUCCGAGUCGCGUUGGAACAGUGGUGGAGACGGUGACAUUUCCCGGCCCGCCUGCCCCUCCGCCCGCCCUGUCACUUUGCCCUUAGCUUCUCUCCGUACCCGCAAGAAACCAUCACCCUUGCUGGCUCCAUUUCUGUGCAGAUGGCGCCUUCACUCUCCCCAGGAGCCCGGGGCGGUGCUGGCCCCUGGUUGCCGUGCUUGCUGUCAGCGUAACUGAAGACACGUCCUUCGUUCUGUGACCUGUGGUCUGCUGUGACGACAUUUAGUCCCAUUCGUGCUAUGGACUUUGUCUCAUGAAAACAGCUUCACCUUGGCAGGUCCUAGUGGUCGAGGACUACAGCUGACCCUGGGCUCCGAGGCGUCCCCUCCUGCUGACUGCGGUGUGUGCUCUUCACGGAUAAACCAGCGUCGUUCGCGGGGAGACGGGGUGAGGUGGUCGCCGGGUGGACACCCAGUGCACCCGAGCUGCGGACGGCUUCUCAGACGUUAGGCAAUGCCCCUCCCACAGCGCAUCUGUUUUCCUCCCUUCUCUCAGCCACCGAAAGCAAGCAGAAGACAGUGUCACGUUCGCUUCGUUCAUCUGACUCACUGUACGCUGUGUGCUGUGGCGGGGAGCUCAGAACUGCCAAAGGACCCCGAGUGAUCGGCGAUUUGCAUGCCCGGGUCUCUUUCUUCACCCAGUAGUCACUUGUGCGCCCGGGGCUGAGAUGCGAGCACCGGGCUGUGGUGUAAACCUCCUGUUAUUUAAUCUCCCCACGGUUUCAUUUCUUCUCUUCUGUCAGGUUACUUAGAACUUUCUAAGAAACUCCACGAAAUGAGGAAGUACUGUUUGUAAUGAUAUGCAGAAAGAGGUAAAAUGUUCAUCCCGAGCGGAAAAUCUUCUUGGACACAUUUUAAAUAAAAUCAUGCAUACCU